AUGGCCCCCUUGAUACGCAACAUCUCCCGGCAGGAGGUGCAAUGGGUCAACUCCAGCAGCUCCUGCACGUACAACAAGAUCUGUUUCUUCAGGCGAACCGGGUUCGUGGUCUACCUAGCUGACCAUGCUACUAUCAUUGGACAUUUCCUGAUCAUCUCUGCUAGCAACCGACCAAUCUAUACCGGGUUCCCUGAUGCUCGGAUUAACACCAGCAACCUACUUAGCAGCUUCGCUUUCGGGAUGUGCGCUUGCAUCCUUCCAUUAGGCGUCUUGAGCCUCCUCCUGAUAUUCGACUCUUUCUGGCCGGAGCGGAAAGAGACCCGUUGCAUUCAGUGGACAUGGAAACUUGGUGCUGCUGCGGCAAGUCUGUCCCAACUAGCAGCAUGCAUAGUAAUUACACUUAUCGUGGCGACCCAGGGAAUUCAGAUACACGGCGUGUCAGCGGAUGAAGAGGCAGCCAUCCGCGGCAACUGGAACUGGAUCUCUUUGGCGUACGGAAAAGAUGGCCGGACAGUAGCUGGGCUAGUGUUCUAUUGGAUCGGAUGUGUAUUCAUGUUCUGGAGUACCAUUGCCAUGUGGCAUUGCUACGCGUACCACAACAUUCACUGGCCGUUUGCAAAUCAUGCGAGACAAAGACGGAGCCACGGAGCCAAGACGGUGUUAAGGUCUUCAGUUAUACUCAACUCUAGUGAAUUAGCUGAGCCUCGUGGGAAUUAG